AUGACACAGUAUUUGGUUUUUGCAUCUGUGUUUAGUCACAGGUGGUCAAGGAAAUGACAUAUAUACAUAUGUACAUAUUUAAACUAUUAAAUCUUUCGAGACUCUAAAACAAUAAUGUGCUAAAAACAUUAUCAAUUGUUUCACAGACGUGGGUUAUUAAACAUGGGCUUCGAAAGUUCUUACAUGUGUUAAAUUUAAUAAUGUUUGAAAAAAUUUAUAUUAAUUAUCUAUCAAAAUGUAAAUAAUUAAUGUUUUGUGUGCAAAUAUGUGCAAAUUGUGAAGAAAAAAUAUUAUUGCUGCUUUGUAUAUAAUAUCGUAAGUACAAAGUAUAAAUUCUAUUCAAUUAAUAUCCAUUAAAUAUAUAAUUUUAAUAAAAUUUAUUUAUAUGUAAUAUAUAAUUUUAAAGAAUUUAAUGACAAUUUUUUUAUACUUUUAGCUUCACCAUGUCAUAUUCUAUCAAUAGAAGACCUUUGUUAGAAGGUGUAUCAGACAGUGAAUUUGAAGAUGAUUUGGAAACUGAAGCUGAUGAUCCAAAUAUUUCUGUCCCAGAUGAAAAACCAUUUCUAAAACAAUAUGAACCUAGUGACAAUCAUAUGGAAAAUUUAGAAAAGAAAACUGAUCUCCAAGCUAGUUUCACAUCGUACAUAAGUGUAGCCAGUGCACUACCAAAUACAUUUUUUUUAAUUCUAAAUGCAUUUAUUAGUAAAAGCUGCAAGUGCAAUUUUUGGAGGAAGCUUAAUGGGCAUUGUUGGACGUUUUUCUCCAAAAUAUAUAACUGCUAUGUCAAGUGGACAAGCUCUUGGAGGAAUUAUUACUGCUACAGCAGAAAUAUGUUCCCUUUGGAUUGGUGCUAGCCCUGUACUUUCAGGCCUGGUUUAUUUUAUAAUUGGAGAUGUUAUAUUAUUUUUAUCUUUAUUUGCGUAUAUAAUUCUAGAAAAAGCAGCAUUUUUUAAACAUCAUAUGGUAGAAAAAUUACCUGAAAAUGUAGAAGCAGAUUAUUCAAUAACUGGAGAAGUAACUUUUCCUCAAGGAACUACAAUAUCUUAUACACGUAUUAUUAAAAGAAUUUGGCAUUAUGGUAUUAAUGUAUUUUUAGUAUUUUUGAUAUCCUUUUCUGUAUAUCCAGCACUUACUGUGUUAGUGGAAAGUCAAUGUAAAGGCAAAGGUUAUGCGUGGAAUGCCAAAAAAUAAACCAUGGCAAGUCGUGCUUUUAAGUCUAACGAGAGUCAUCUUUAUACCAGCUUUUAUAUUUUGUAAUGCUCAGCCCCGACAUCAUCUUUCUGUUUAUAUUCAUAAUGAUCUUUAUUAUAUUUUAAUAACUAUUGCAUUUGCCAUUAGUAAUGGUUAUCUAUGUAAUCUAUCAUUUAUUUUAACUCCUACAUUUUUAAACAGGGUUGUAGAUUCUCAAGAGAAAGAAAUCGCAUCUAUUAUGAUAGGAGCUUUUCUUGGUAUGGGAUUGAUAUCAGGUUCUGCACUCAGUCUGUUCAUGGUUAAAGCACUUUAA